AUGAAAACUUUACUUUUAGGUGUUGAAGAUUCCAACAAUAGUUUUGGUGACGUUUUGGCUUAUAAGAACCAUUAUGAAGAAGAACAACUACAAAACUCAAGUAGUAAUGAUAGCGACAAUAGUGACGAGGACAUGAGUUGUGCUACAUUUGUUGAUGGUAUUGAUGUACAUUCCUCUUUAGAUUCUUGUACACUUGAUAUAUCAAAAACAACACCAGGUCCAAAAGAUCUUGCUCAACAUUUAAAUAAUGGACCAAAACAACCUAUAUUAGUAUUUUAUCCAAAAACAAAGUUUUCUAAUAGAAUGAGACAUUUCUCAGAUACGUGGUAUAAAAUGUUCAACUGGAUCGAGUACAGUGUAAUGAAUGAUGCAGUGUAUUGUUUUCCUUGUCGUUUCUUUUCUAAACAUUAUGACUUAAACACUGUGUUUAUUACAAUUGGUUUUAAACAUUGGAAAAAAGCUUUAGACAAAGGUUCAGGAUUUAAACGACAUGAAUCAAGUAGUGAACACAAAAAAUGUCAAGUUAUGUUGGUAGAAUAUACAAGCAUGAAAAUAAAAAAUACAUCUGUGUCAUCUUUAAUCAAUGAGGCUCAUUUGAAGUUGGUAAAAGAGAAUCGUAAAUACAUUCAGUAUAUUGAAAAAGUGUUAUUAUUCACUGCUGUUCAAGGAAUUGCUCAAAGAGGGAGCAAUGAAAGUGAAAACAGUGUCAAUCGUGGUAACUUUUUGGAACUUGUGCACUUGCUGGAAUAUUUCAAUGAUGAUUUUAAACAAAAAAGACAGUCACUUCCAAAUAAUUCAAAGUACACUAGCCCGAGCAUGCAGAAUGAAAUACUUACAGUUUUUAGUCAAAUGGUACGUGAUAAAAUCAGUAAAGAAUUACAAAAAUGUGAAUACUUUGCAAUUAUGGUUGACGAAACAAAGGAUAUCAGUAAAAUUGAGCAGUUGUCUGUAGUAUUGAGAUAUUAUCUAGAUGGUAUUAUCUAUGAAAGAUUUAUGGGUUUUCGUGCUGCUGGAUCUUUAUGUGCUACAUCAUUAUUUACAUAUAUUAAAGAAAUACUUGCUAUCAGCAAUGUUGACAUAAAAAAGUGUGUGGGACAAACAUAUGAUGGUGCUAAUGUAAUGAGUGAUACCUGUAAAAAUGUAUCUGGAGUUAGGAUGUUUUUUGAUUUAAUUGAAAGUCUUUAUGUAUUUAUUUCUGGUUCUUCUAUUCAUGCUCAAUUUAUUGAUAUUCAAAAUGCCAUGAAAUUAGUGCCAAAAGUUGAACUUAAGCGUAUUUGCUUAACUCGAUGGACAGCCCAAGUAUUUGCAUGUUUAACAAUGAAAAAAGCACUUAGUCCUUUACUUGUACUAUUAAAUAAAUUAGUAUAUGAAAGAGGAGAUCGUGCUGUAGAAGCUACUGGGUUACUUCAUCAAAUUGAUUUUAAAUUUAUUUUAAAUUUAGUAAUGUUCUGUUAUAUCUUACAUAUGUUUAAAGGAAUAAGCGAUUAUUUACAAAAUACAAGUGGUGAACUAGCUAAUGCGUUGAUUUUAAUUUCAUCUUUGGAAUCAACCCUUCAAGAUAUGAGAUAUUGUCUGAUAUGGAGAGGAGUGGUAUUGGGUACAAAACAUAGAAAGGGGCCAAAAAAUAUUGGCCCCCUUAUAGACAAAUGUCUGGUUACGUGCCUGUUCAUAGCUAAAUGUGAUAUUAUUAAAGGUCGACCUCGUAGACGAAUAAUUUCAGAUUUUACGUGA